CUCCCGCCAAGGUCAUCCCGGCCUCUGCCCAGAGCAGGUGCAUGUGCGAGGGGGGGCCUGGUGUGCCUAGAAAGACAGGGUCCCCCUCUUCCCCCUGCUCCCCCGCUGCUGGGGUCCCGUGGGGUGUCCCAGAGCCACAGGAGGCGAUCCGUUCGGAGCCUCCGGGAGGGGCCUCGGUCUGUCUCCCACGCUGUAAGGCAGCUCCUCCGAGGAGGCCCGGACCUGCAGAAAGCAGGAAGUAGCAGCUGUUCUCUAACCACCCGAGGCGGCCCUCUCGGUACCUAGACGCUUGUCCGUGGGGGUUCUCCGUGCUGGGUCCUGUCCUCUGUGCGGGGGCUGGACCUCGGCGUGAAGGCGCGGAGCUGGGAGGGAGCGGGGGUCGGCCGCCGUCGCCUGGGUUGACUCACCAGGAGGCCCUGGCCCAGAGGAGCUCGUUGACUGUCCAAGGUCAGCAGCAGAGCUGGAACCGGGGCUCCCUGCUUUGCUGCCUCCGAAAUGCCAGCGCCCCCAACUCCACACCACACAGCCCUCCGGCCCCGGGGACCGCCUUUAAAGAGACAGUUCGCUGACAGCGGGCCCAGGCCUUCCAGUCUGGGGGAGUCUGCCGGGGACCGGCUUCUGUAAGGUUUCCUCAAUAAGGGGUGCAGCCCCCUCCCCCGUUUCCAGAUGGAGACACAGCUGUGAGAUUGGGGGGAGGGGGUUGGGAAGGGAGGGCUGGCAGGAUCCAGUAAGGGGUGUGUCCCUACGUCUGCUCCCCAGGGUGGACCCAGCCAACAGGGUCACCCUGUCCCUUUAAGAGAGGGGGGAGAGCUAGCCCCUCUCCGACAGGAGGCCAUCCUGUCCUGUCACCCAUCCCGGCCAAAUCUGAAAGGGAAAAUGAAAGAGGGACCAGGAGGAGCAGGUCCCAGACAUCUCCCAAGAUUCCUCGCUCGGCUUUAACACCUCCGCUCCAGGGACAGGCGCCAUGGGGGAGUGGGCCUUCCUCAGCUCGCUGCUGGACGCCGUGCAGCUGCAGUCGCCGCUGGUGGGCCGCCUGUGGCUGGUGGUCAUGCUCAUCUUCCGCAUCCUGGUGCUGGCCACGGUGGGCGGCGCGGUGUUCGAGGACGAGCAGGAGGAGUUCGUGUGCAACACGCUGCAGCCGGGCUGCCGCCAGACGUGCUACGACCGCGCCUUCCCGGUCUCGCACUACCGCUUCUGGCUCUUCCACAUCCUGCUGCUGUCGGCGCCGCCCGUGCUCUUCGUCAUCUACUCCAUGCACCAGGCCAGCAAGGAGCCCGGCGCCGGCGCGGGGGCCGAGGAGGGCAAGCCCGGCGCCCGGGGGCCCCCCGACGGCGCCCGCCCUGCGCCGCCCGCCCUGCGCGCCCGCCGCGCGCGCCGCUGCUACCUGCUGAGCGUGGCGCUGCGCCUGCUGGCCGAGCUGGCCUUCCUGGCGGGCCAGGCGCUGCUCUACGGCUUCCGCGUGGCCCCGCACUUCGCGUGCGCCGGCGCGCCCUGCCCGCACACCGUGGACUGCUUCGUGAGCCGGCCCACCGAGAAGACGGUCUUCGUGGUCUUCUACUUCGCCGUGGGGCUGCUGUCCGCGCUGCUCAGCGUGGCCGAGCUGGCCCACCUGCUCUGGAAGGGCCGCCCGCGCCGCGCCGCCCAGCGCGACCCCCGCGCGGACCGGGCGCGCGAGGAGGAGGCGCAGGGGCUGCUCCCGCCGCCGCCGCCGCCCGCGCCCCCGGCCCCGCGCCGCGCCGCGCCCGCCCCCUGCGCGCCGCCCGCCUAUGCGCACCGCGCGCCCGCCGCCGGCGACAGCGAGGGCAGCGGCCGCAGCAAGGCGUCUCUGGCCACGGUCCGCCGGGACCUGACCAUCUAGAGCGGCCGCCCGGCGCGGGGGAGCGCGGGGGGGACCCCGCACCGCGGACGCCGCAGGAGCGAGCAGUGGCUUCUGCGAAAUCUGUUCCCGGGACGCUGCCUCCCUCCGGGCGGCGGGCCCCGCAGCCCCGGUCCGCACCUCCCUCUGCUCCCGGCUGGGACAGGGCAUGAACCGGGGCAGGCCCAGAUGCCACGGUCCGAUCCCGGGGGAAAGGAGGGCGCCGGCGGGAGGGGAGUGAGAGGAGCAGCGUCCAGCGGGGUUCAGGGGGUGACCUGCUGGCUUUGCUGGGGACAAAAGCAACGGCGACUCCAGCGCCCCGAGGCCCCCGGGCAGGCAGGCGUGGCCUCCGGGCGGGCCCCCUGUGUGUGUGUGUGUGUGUG